AUGACCACUAGAUUUUUAUGCGUUUUAUUUCUAUUUUUAUCGAUAUUUUCAAAUUUGGUUGAAUCUGGAUCUUAUGGUCGACCCAAUUUCUUUUUAAACAAUGAAGACUACCAACAACGAUCUCAACAAUAUCUACAAGGUACUGUAACAUCGAGGGUUCAUUUUUAAAUAAAAUAUUUUACAGCGCAACAAUAUCAACCACAACCGCAAUAUAAUCCUAAUCCUUAUUCAAGACCUUAUUCUCCUUAUCAACAACCAGAACCAGGUACAUCUUAUUUCCAGAAAAAUUGAAAAAAAGUCGGAAAUUUUCCAGUGUAUUCUCCGUAUUCUCGACCAUCUCCUUAUAGUCGCCCGGUUUAUCAACAACCAGAACAAAGUAAGAUAAAAAAGAAAAUAGAAAACAAUGUUUUGAUUUUUUCAGUCCCAUCUUCUUCGUAUUCUAGACCUUCGUCAUAUGGUCGACCUCCACAAUAUAAUCAACCAGAAUAUAAUCCAGGUUGGUAUUUUUAGAAAAAAAGUUUUUGGGAUUUUCUGAAUCUAGUUUGGUUCCAAUUUUGAGAAAACUUUUCAAAUUUUUAAAUAUAUCUAAUCUUUUUCAGUUAUAACAACUCCUCUCCCACCUCUUCCUCCAUCAAAUAUUCCAACAACUGAAUAUUAUAUUCCAAAUGUGGUCACAACAACAUUCACUCCACUUUUCGGUGGAAUUCAACCAGGUUCUGGAACAAUUCCACCACUUCCACCAACAGAUUCUGAAAUGACUGAAGUUGAUGCGGCUGAAAAAGAAAACGAAGUUCGGAAAGCAAGAGGUGGAAGUGGACCACCGGGUUUUAAUGUUGAUUCAAUUGUUGAAACAGGAAGUCUUCCACCACAAGCUGCAAUUCCAGAUGUUCCAAUGCCACCAACUCAAUGA